CACUAUCCAACUAAAUAUCACCUGGCAUUCUUGAACCUAUCUCACACUCUGUCCCUCGCCACUCGUCUACUUCAACUAUCCUGUCUCGGUCACUUCUGCCAACACAUCUGUCCAGCAGAGAUGCCUUCUCCUAUUAGCGUCGGAGUCUACCAGACACACUUACUCCGCGAAGAUCAUACAAUCUUAAUCGUGGAUGAGAUAUACGGAGAGGAACUAGUCCAUGAGCCAGUUCUCGUAGAGCUUCUUCAAAGCCCGGAGGUGCAACGACUACAAGGAAUCUGCCAGUACGGAAUAAUUGCAUUCUUGGGCUUGACACCCCGAGUCACACGGCUCGAACAUUCGGUUGGUGCCUUCAUACUCGUGCGAAGAGUUGGUGCCACGAUCGAAGAACAAAUUGCUGCUCUUCUCCAUGAUAUCUCUCACACUGUCCUCAGUCAUGACGUCGACUACGCCCUCUCCAAGCUUGGAGAAGAGAGCUACCAUGAGGUACACAAGACACGAUAUAUUGAGAUGACUGGUUUACCCAAGAUCCUCGCCAGGCAUCAGAUCGACCAGAAGGUCUUCAAUGAAGAUCUAUUUCCUUUAGUAGAGAUGCCGUCGCCGCAACUUUGUGCCGAUCGCCUAGACUAUGCUCUACGCGACUCUAUCAGCUUCGGAAAUCUUACGCUGGAGGCGGCCAGAGAAGUCUUCAGCUCACUGAGAGUGUUUCCCAGUCCUAUAGCACCCCGCCGUUUACUGGUGCUAGACGAUCCACGAGUAGCACUGAUUCUUGCACGCGCAUACAUCACUACCGACAGAGACGUCUUGACACGUCCGGGAAUUGUUGUUAUGUCAGAGCGAACGGGUCAGGUGAUAGGAGAAUUGGUGAAGGCAGGGGCGGUGAAUGAUAAGAUGUUAUGGCAGAUGUCCGAUGCAGAGUUUUGGGCUGAGAUUCGCAAAGCAGCAAAUCCUGAGCAGCUUCGCGCUAUCAAGAGACUGGAGGACGAGGGAAUUCCAAAAGAUGAUGGUCUUGAACGCCCAAAGGGUACGAAAAUCCGCACCCUUGAUCCAGAUAUCUGGCAAGAAGCAGAGAAGCAGCCAGCUCCACUGUCAACAGUAUUGCCGAUGUGGGGGUCGGAGCGAUCACAGUAUAUUCUUAGUCAGCAACAAGGAUGAUCUACAGUACCUAAUAGCGGGGGUAAGUAAUCAAUAGCAUACUGUUCGUGCAGUUGUAGCCAAUUAGAUACGG